UUCUAUGCUUUGUUCCAGUUUCACUGAAAAUAUUCUGUUCGACGCUAAUUACUUCCCAGACAAAUAUUAUAAAAAAUUCCCUCAGUAGCUCAGUCACUAAUGCAGCUUUCCUUUCCUAGAAAAAUUACAUGUCCUUCACAGCUUGGCCUUGCAGUACAACUCCAUUACUUGUAUUCUUCUAAAAAUCUCAUCAAUAUUCUUUAUCAACAUGGAUUUUGUGCUUCAUAUGAUGAAGUGCUAACUGCUAAUGUUUGAAUGAUGUGCAGCAAUUACUACCAACACAGAAUUGAACAUUCAGCCAAAUUCCGUUGUUCAAUACGUGGCUGACAACGCAGAUUAUAACUUGAGAACAAUUGAUGGAAAGGGUACUUUUCACGUUAUGGGAAUAAUUGCAGCCAUAACACCCUCGCCACCGCAAAAACAUUGUUGUGUAGCAAGAAGAAAGGUGACAGACGAGGAAUUGCUCAAUCAUGGCCAAAUAAAAAUCCAUAGCCACGAUAUUAAUCAGAAUAUUUUAUCCAAAAUCACUUAUCAGAAGCUUUUACCGUUAUCAACUAAGGAUGCUACGGCGAAUCUAGAUCUCCCUUGGAUGUCUUCCUGUUUGUUUAGACUACCAAGACCUGGUUGGCAAGGUUAUAUGCAAUCCAUAAUGGAAACAAAAAAACAUCCCGGAAUAUCCGAAGUUGUGUUUCUACCCUUAAUCGAGUUAUCAGCAAGUAGUGAUUCCUGUGUGUUUUCCACUUUAAUUUUUUUAGCUGAGCAAGCUAUCCGUUAUUACAAGACUCCAAUUGUUACAUUCGAUCAACCACUAUAUUGGAAGGCAAUGAUGAUAAUUGCAAAUUCAGAUUACUCAAGUCCUAUUCGGCAGAUUGUAUUGAAACUUGGUGGCUUUCACACACUCAUGAGUUUUAUAGGUUAUAUUGGACAACUCAUGGAAGGACUAGGGCUGCAAGAUUUACUUAAUCUGGUUUACGCUACAAAUACCGUACCACACAUGUUAUCUGGAAUGGCAAUAUCAAGAGCUAUCAGAGGACUAUUUUUAGUGGAAAGUGCUGUAAUGUUCGUAUUGAUCAAUACAGAUAUUCAACAGGAUCACCCUGAACCAACAAUCGUUGAAAACGAAGUAAUAGCAGAUUCAGAAAAGUCAUAUUAGUCUUUAACUUCUAGCGAUCUUGAGGAACUCAAUGUUCUAUUCCAUAGAAUGUUGGACGUGAAUGUUACAAACAACUAUGAGGAAAUAGAUAAAUCAAAAGCUUUCCAAAAAUUCCAGCUACUUGUUGAAACAAAAAUUGCAACAUUUAAAUUAUCAAGAACUGGAGGUGUUUGAAUCCAAUUACUGAACAUGAUUCGAAUACUGAAAACUUUCACCAAAGCGGAAAGGACUGGGAAUUGGGAACAACAUUUACAAACAACGAUGAAAAUGUUUCCGUUCUUUUCUGCUGCUGGACAUAGCAACUAUUUAAAAUCGAAUUAUGUCUACGUUCAAAAUAUGAUGUCCUUGAAAGAUACCAAACCAUUACUAUACCAUGUAUUUCAAAGCGGACAUCACGUAAUACGAAGAUCGGAUCAAUAUUGGGCUGGUCUUUUGUCAGACCUCGUUAUAGAACAAGAUUUAAUGAGUACUAUGAAAUCUUCUGGUAUACUACUACAAUUAACAUUUAAACUUGUUGCAAUUUGUAAUAUUUAACAUUUGAUAGGUGGGAUUACUAGGCGAUAAC